UUAAACGCUUUCUUCCCUCUAUACCUGCGGCCACUUUUCUCCUCUCUACUUCUAGCUAUAGCUGUCAAAUAGGCGCACACAAAAACAAAGCAAAACAAUGGUAGGGGGGUCAAUAAGGAAGAAGAAGAAGAAGGUGGAGUGGUUGGGCGGAUUGCUUGGUAGUAAAUUCUUCGGGUCGUGCGUUGACCACAUCGACCGCCGGAAAAAUGACCGGAAUAUGUUUUGUAUAGAUUGCAACAUCGGCGGCUUCUGCCGGCACUGUAUCAACUCGCCGUCGCAUUCUUCCAUUCGCCACCGUUGGUUACAAAUCUGCAAGUAUGUUUAUCAGGACGUCGUCCGUCUCCACGAUAUCCAGAAACACCUCGAUUGUUCUCUUAUUCAAACCUACAAAAUCAACGGCGAGAAGGCCGUUCACUUAAACCCACGGCCUCGAUCGAAGGAUAGCAAAACGUGGAAGGGAAGAGGAGGUUCAUGCUGUAAUACAUGUGGGAGGCAUAUUCAGGAAUUCCCAAAUCGCUAUUGCUCUAUUGCAUGCAAAGUUUCUGAUGAUGCAUAUAGAGACAAGAUUAUUUCAUUUCAGAUUUCACACUUUGGUGAAGUGUCCACAAAGGAAAGCACAGAAAAUGAGUGUUGCAGUUCCUUAACUGAGUCUUCUGAGGUAUUUCAAGUAUGGGUAACAUCUACAGGUUUAAAGCCCAAGAAGAAAGUACACAAGAGGAAAAGU